GUCAACUUCUCGUUUUGUCAAUGGCAGUGGUACCUCCUUGGUCAAUCUAUGUGCUGUGGUGUUUCGAAAAAAAAUUAAGAUUUAGACCGUUUUUCCAUUUAUUGCCACAAAGUGUCAAAAUCAGAAGAUGAUAUAGUGCUUCUGAAGCUAAGGACACGUGUCACAAGAGCAUGGGCAUGACGGGGGAGUUUAUGAUGCAACCAUUGACUGAACCAAUCAUCGUGCAUAUCGAUGAUGUGUUGAGGAUAACUCUGCAACUUAGUGCAUGAAUGAUCAAGAAAGGCCACCGCGAAGUGUGGGAUAUUGUUAAUUCGUUCAUUUUUGAUAAGGCUUAAUCCUACGUGUCACUUUAUUGCUUUCGUGGUCAUUGUUUGAAGAGAAUUACAGCUUUUGGAGAAUACGACUUCUGUCUCCAUUGGGAGGUUGGUUGCUGUCGCCGAUAUGUUUCAACCUAGGAGAAGGAGAGAGGGGCUUGGAUUACUGCUCCUGGUUGGUCAGUUGAUGCGCGUUGGCUUUGACCGCAUUCCACCGACCACCCUAGGAACCAUUGCUAUCAAUGUUGCUAUUUAUCUCAAGGUCCUUGAUCCAUACAUUCGGAUGUACUUUCGUUCUCCAUCGAUCAAGAAUAUUUGUGUGAGUACGUACAGUGUCUGGUACCAGGGCGACUGGGCACGGCUGGCCUUGGCAGCGUGGUUCCAUUUGGAUGACUGGCAUCUUUACUUCAACAUGGUGUCGUUCCUGUGGAAAGGUCUGUCACUAGAGCGACGUUUUGGAACGUUCUACUUUGCAUACCUUAUCGCAGCGUUCUCCUUACUCACCAACAUAACAAUGAUUGGGCUCAAUGUGGCUGUGGCAGAAGCACUGGACGACGAUUCAUACAUUGUCUCAUGCGCCGCAGGCUUUUCAGGGGUUAUAUUUGCCUUGAAGGUUCUGACAACUCACUACACCCCAGCCGGCACCCAAUACGUCAUGGGAUUUCCCGUACCAUCACGCUACGCAUGCUGGGCGGAGCUUGUACUCAUCCAGCUCCUGGUACCAAGGGCGUCAUUUACAGGCCAUCUAGCUGGGAUUUUGGUGGGUCUGGCCUUUGUUAAGGGGCCGCUGAAGCCAAUAAUGGAUGUCAUCCCGUCGAUGCUGGAACCAAGACAAGGCACACGUUUUCACGGUUCAGGUAGGCUUGGUCGUAGUUCCUACGCCCAAGGAGGUACCGCAACUAGGGGCAGAGCCACGGGUAGGCAACCUGGGGGGUAUGACUACGCAGGCGGCAUGAGUGAAGAGGAACAGAUGCAGGAGGCUAUCAGGGCCAGUCUACAAACAGGCAGCAGUCGACCCCCUACUGCCCCACCCAUGCCCAGCGCACCUCCUUACAAUGAACAGCAGAACACCCCACGGCUAUACCCUGACCUCAGUGAUUUAUCCCAGGAGCGAGGUCCAAGGUCGCAGGCUCCUGGUUAUUUGGACGAUGAGGAGUUACGCAGAAGACGUCUGGCAAGAUUUGAUAGAUAGGGGUUGUGGUGCAUGCUGUAAAUAUUCAUUAUGGACUAGUUUUAUUCCCGUCAAGAAAUAAGCUUGACACGACAUUUUUCUCUUGCUGGAGUUGGAACACCAACUGUAAAUUUACUAGCCAGCUCAGGUGACCCAAUCAAAGAUGACCAAUCAGAAGCCACAGACCAUGCGUUGUGCUCGAGGGGCAAGUAGGUCCCAAGGUUUCUCCUGUAAGAGCUGCCUUCAUUAUUCUGCUCGUGAAAUUUGUGUCAAAUCUUGAUAAACCUAGCAUUUAAAAAUGGGCAGCUGGGAAAGGUCAAGGUUGAAAGGAGGUGUUCAGGACUGGUCACAUGACUAAAGGAAGAGUAGGGGGCCAUUCUCAGAAUUUUUGAAAUUUAUAAUGGAGAAUGCUCAAUGACAAACUUUGGAUUUGUGCAGCCAUUUUGGUUUUACUUUAUUGCUUUGAAGGAUGUACCAUGUGGGAAAUAAGUGUCAUUUUCGACAGAUUUAAGCUUGUUUAAAGGAAUAGUGAAUAUUUAAUGGUAGUACUGAGUAAACAAAGUUGUAAAUGUAUUUGUAAUUAAUAUUUAAUUUUUCCUUUACUAUGUUGAAUAAAAAUCUUUUC